UUAAUAUACCAUUUAUAUAUAAUAGAUUUGAUUUCUUUUAGGUUAUAAUUCCCCAUUUAGAGUUCAUCUUUAGUAUAGCUCACGUUAUAAUAGCUACAUAUAUCUGCAUUCAUAUCAUAUAACUUAUCAGACUUUCAUCAUGAUAAGAAGGAGACAAAUCUUACCCAAUGCAUAUGCAUCCACAAAGAGAUUUGUUACUAAUGAAUCAAAUAAGAAAGGUUCAAAACGAUUUAUGCAAACUUUACCUAUUGCUGGUAAUGGUACUGGAAUGAAAAAUGGUUUCUAUUCUGGUUUAAACCAUUCAAUUGCUCAACAACAAAGUAAUAGUACUACCAAUAUCGAUUCUGCAUCCACCAUUUUAUCAAAAUGGUCUUCUCAUAAAUUAACAUUCCCAACUGAUCAAUCUAAUACUACUACCCAAUCAAAUAAUCAUAGUACUACAACUCCAAUUAGGAGAUCAAGAAAUUCAAGAUUUGCUGCUAAGACUGUUAGUGAACCAUUAGAUACUUUAUCUUCUUCAUCUUCCCCUUUCUCCUCAUCCCCUGCAUCAUUCCCAUCCGGAACUACUAUAAUAGAUAUUGAAACUCCAAAAAUGGAAUUUCCAACUACUCCAACCACAACUCCAACUACCUCUGCAUCUUCAACUACAACUACAACUAGUACUACUGCUCCAAAGAAAAAGAGAACUUUACGUCCAAGAAAGGCUUUAAUCACCUUAAGUAAAGGAGCAGUUGAUCAUUUAAGGGCCUUAGUUAAUCAACCAAAUCCAAAAAUGAUUCGUGUAGGAGUGAGAAACAGAGGUUGUUCUGGUUUAACUUAUCAUUUAGAAUAUGUUGAGGAAGCGGGUAAAUUCGAUGAAUUAGUUGAACAAGACGGGGUUAAGGUUUUAAUUGAUUCCAAAGCUUUAUUUUCUAUCGUUGGUUCUGAAAUGGAUUGGUUAGAUGAUAAAUUAUCAUCAAGAUUUAUCUUUAAAAAUCCAAAUUCAAAAGGAAGUUGUGGUUGUGGUGAAUCAUUCAUGGUUUAAGCUUUUUGGAUACUUUAAGAACAAAACCAUCCACCUAAAUUUUAAUUUUAAUGAUCUGGAAUUAUUUAAUUAUAGACCGCUUCUAUUAGCAUAGAUUAUGGCAUUUACAUAUAUUUAAUACAUUAACGAACUUGCACUUAUUUAUAUUACUAUAACUUUUCCCGUAGCCUAUUUUAUUUAUUUAUUUAGAAGAAAACGUGACCCAUCCCAUCCAUCCUGCUAACUAAUAGUCUAUUUAAUCUUUCUACAUUCAAAAUAAGUAGCAUCAAUAUCGUCUGGUAAUGAACAAAAGUAUUCUAAUCUUUGCAUGGUUUUGAAUAAUUCAACCGAUGCCUUUUGUAAUUUAAGACAUGUCUUACCCCCAUCAGCAUCAUUAGUAGUACAUAUUAUACUUUCUUGAGUAUCUUUUUCG